CACUGCACUCAUGAACGCACCAACAGGAAGUGCGUCACGGCGGGCCAGCUGGCGGCAUUUUUGUUUGGAUGUGACAGAAAACAAGCUGUAGAAGAAGAAUGUAAACGCUUUGAAGAUACCUCUGAGAACCUGGAAUAUUAUCUAGUAUAUUAGCGUUAAAAAAGUUAAAAUAUUAAAAUUAAUCACUCGCGUGCGACAGGAAUGGAGCAGGAGGUCGAGGCUGUCGAGGCCGCUGAGGCUCCGAUCCACUCAUCAGGAUGUUCUGAGGCAGUGAGAGCUGAGCUGCUGGACGAGUGCGAAGAACACUUUGAGGUCUUACAAAAGCUUCAGAGUGAAAUUGCCUCAGCAGAUGAAGGGUCCGGUGAUGGAGAGUCAAACGAGGCAAUGAAUCGUUUGAAUGCCAUCAUGACUGAGCUUGAACAGUGGCAAGAAAUGGAACCCAAAUUACUGUCAACAAACCCUGAAAUUUUAUUGGCCAUCGGGAAGGAAGAGCUGCAAAGACUCAACGGUCAGCUGAAGAUGGUCCUUUCCUACUCCCAAGCAAAGCGAGAUGCCCUGAAAGACCUUUUGCAAAGAGAGCAGGUAUGGCUGGAAGAGAAGAAGGAGGUACUGAGUGCAGUGACUGAACGAGUCGGCACGUUGCGUGAGGAAAAUGAGAAGCUGUCAGAACACAGUAUUCUACAGGACAUGAAGAGAAAAAUCACCAAGGUGAAGGAUUAUCACGGCACCCUCAUGGAGACGCUGAGCGACAUGUUAGCCGAGCAUUUUCCUCUUCCUGGUCAACAAGCACUUGGCACCAAGAAAAAGAAGGGUGCUGUUCCAGAUUAUGGAACAAAUCUUAUCUCACUAAGUGAGAUCCUUGAGCAAUUAACAAACAAAACCCUGGAAACUCCUCACGAGCCCUAUGUGACGAUUGAUGACUCCUUCUGGCCGCCGUACAUUGAAAUGCUACUUCGUAAUGGAAUUGCAAUCAGACACCCAGAGGACUGCAAUAAAAUCCGUCUGGAAAUUUUUCAUUAAUUUUUUUUUUUUUUUUUUUUUACUAACCAGGUUUAAUUAGAUGACCCAUCAUGAGAUUAUAUGUACAGUCUUUUAUGUUCUUCUCCUUGUUUUAUUGUAUAUUUAAAUUUAAGCAAUUUGGAAAAUAAAAUGGCUGAAAAUAUAAA